AUUCCUCUGAUUUGCACUCCCAAGCCGCCCGCAAUGCUGCCCAUGUGCGAAAUAUGACUCGGCGCUGUAGCUUCUCGCUGGCCAUUGUUUUUGUUUCCUCUAAAUUCACGUCUUUCUUGGCCAUCAACAGUUCUGUGUCGUGAACCCCGAGUGCGAGAUAUCGCGAGGACCCGUCGCCACGACUUCCUAUGAUGUGGCUUUCCUCCAUCUGUGCCUUAUUAUUCGCGAGCCUCGCCGCCGCUGCUGAAGACGGUCUAUUCACCUAUCCAGCGCAGGGAGGGACGUAUGUCUGGAACACCGGUAAAGCGCAGCGCAUCGCAUGGACGUCCAACGAAUAUGGUUUAUAUACCAUAACAUUAGGUCAACGAUACAAAUAUGUGAGCUACGUCGCGCCGAUCAAGCAGAUAUUUGUCAACAGCAGUCUGACUCCCGGUUCAUGGACAUGGGAUUGGGUCGUCGAUAACUACUCGGCGGAUCUUACAACCGGCAACGUCUUCGUGUUACUAGCAAACGACGGCUAUGCGCAGAACUGGACCAGCGAGGAUUUCACGAUCCAGCGCUCUGUGCCCGGUGCCAGCACGGCUACCACGGGCAUGACUUAUGCCACGCUCGUGAGUGCCGCGAAUCCGAAUGCCGCUACAACAGCUGCUUCAAAUCCCGGGUCGAAUUCGGCAUCGAGCUCGAACUCAGGCUCAAGCACAACCUCAAACAACGGCGGCGCUCCCACCACCACCAACUCCGCCGCCAUCGGUGCCGGUGUUGGCGGCGGCAUCGGCGGCGCGAUCCUGCUCGUCGGCGGAGUCUUCGCCUUUCUCCACCACAGACGACGCCGCUCCAGGCAGUCCGAAUCCGAGAAAGCUUCUUCAGAGCCGUUGGCACCUCCGAGGCUCAGAUCGCGGACUCCGCCGCAUGAUUAUAUGAUGGAGCAGGAUUUCCGAGAUAUUCCCAGCGAGCUGCAUCCGGAGGGCAGGUAUGAUCCGACAAAGACGCCGCAGGAGGUUCAUGCGACGCAUGUGGUGCAUGAGAUAGGAGGUGGGGGUGGGCGAUGAGAUUUGUAGAUGAUGCAAGAUACGAGGAUAUUUCGAUGGAAUUAUAAUUGCUCUUCUUGGGCAUGCUCUGCCAUUUCCGUGUGUGCGAAAGCGAGAGAAGCAGACGGGCUUUGACGAUAUUUCUGCAUCCUCGCGGGUAGAAUGGAUCGUUGCUCGG